GGUGAGCAGGUUCUGAGCUCACACAGGAGCAGUAUUCCCCGCUUUGGGUUGCAGAAUUCCCUGAAGAGCGGCAGCGGGAUUAAAUUUCUCCACUUGAGGACCGGCAACCAAUCGGCCGACUCUGCCAGGGACAAAGUCCUCUUCACUGAGUCAUUUAACUCUCCUUUGCCCCCCCACCCUCCACUCUCUGAAUGGUUUAAUGUUACACCCCGUGCGAGGCUUUACCUGUCCAGGUGGAUUACACCGCUGAAAGUGAACGUCGCUCAUGAAGUCAUGUCUCUGCCUCUAAUGACCUCCUCUCCGGAUUAAACAGACAUCCCGAGGCCUCCCCGCGGCGAUGGCCGAAGCAUCGGCUCCACCCCUCUCCCCCUCAGACUAUGGACUGCUGUCUCCGCCUCCUGACCUGUGUGCCUCAUGCGGCCACAGUCACCAGCUGGAGGAGAACCACGAGUACCUCUACAAGGACGAGGUGGACGACGACCUGAUCUGUCACAUCUGUCUGCAGCCGCUCAUCAGGCCCCUGGACACGCCCUGUGGACACACGUACUGCCAGGAGUGUCUCACCAGCUUCCUGCUGGAGAGCGACUUCUGCCCCGUGUGCCGCACGCCGCUCAUGCUGCAGAGCUGCAGGAAGCCCAGCCUGCUGGUGCACAAGCUGCUGGACAAGCUGACUGUGGCCUGCCCCUUCACUGACCAUUGCACUGAAACACUGGCCCGCGGUGAACUGGAAGACCACAUCAAGAGCAGGUGUAAAGGGGCCUCUCACUAUGGGCUCUCAGCAGACAGGAAGCGACGCUCGCAGGAGGGAGAAUGCACCGACAGCACGUCGGAACUCACCAUCGCCACGCUGCCCAACGACGGCCCCACCUCCGCCGCUGUGGCCCUCCUGUCGGACGAGCCCGGCCUGGUCAACCCCGCCUUCGACCCCAGCAUGGAGGACAACAGCCAGUCAGGCAGCACGACCAGCCUGGCCGCCCGCAGCAGCACCAAGAAGAGUGAGUUCAGAAACUUUGACCGUUCUUCAGUGAGGAGCCGAUCCUUCAGGAGGUUGAACCGGGCGUUCAGUGUCCUCCGGAGGACCAAGAGCGGCAACGCGGUGAGCAAUGAGACGUCCGAGGAGCGAGACAAUGCCAGGAAUUCCAGCGUGCCGCAGGAAGUGCUGGCUCUUCCUCAGCUGCAUCACCUGAUCCCCGACGGUGAACUCACCAGUAUAAAGAUCACGCGGGCGGACCCCUCAGAGCCGCUGGCCAUCAGCAUCGUCGGCGGCAAUGAGACCCCUUUGGUUCGCAUCCUCAUCCAGGAUAUCUACAGAGAAGGCGUCAUUGCCCGGGAUGGACGCUUGCUGCCUGGGGACAUGAUCCUGAAGGUAAAUGGCAUUGACAUCAGCAACGUACCCCACUGCUACGCCGUGGCAACCCUAAAACAGCCCUGCCAACUCCUCCGGCUAACCGUGCUCAGAGAACAGCGCCACCGUUACCGCUCGCAUUCACACAGCCACCAGCAUGGCCACGGGCACGGCCAUGACGUCGCCGGGGGCCAUCCGUCUCACGGCCUCCCCCACCAUCCCUUGAGGGAUGAUAGCAUCCAUGUGGUCCUGAACAAAACCACUCCAGAUGAACAGCUGGGCAUUAAGCUAGUGAGGCGGUCAGAGGAGCACGGAGUCUACAUCUUCCAUCUGCUGGAGGGCGGCCUGGCGGCACGCGACGGGCAGUUGUGCGUCGGCGACCGCGUGCUGGCCAUCAACGGGCACGAUCUACGCUAUGGAGCGCCAGAACAUGCUGCUCUGCUGAUCCAGGCAAGCGAGGAGGGCGUCCACUUCAUAGUGUCCCGUCAGAUCUGCCUACCUACCCCAGACAUCCUCCAAGAAGCUCCGUGGGGAAUGGACGGCCCCCCGCCAUAUUCCCCUGUGGACAUAGAACAAACGCUACUGGACUCUUGUCAGAAGCCUGCAUGCUAUGAGAAGACAGUUACUCUGACUAAGGAGCCGUACGACUCUCUGGGCAUGACGGUGGCGGGCGGCAUGUCCAGCCGCGGGUGGGACCUCCCCAUUUAUGUCACAAACGUGGACUCUGACGGCGUGGUGGGACAGGAGGGCUCCAUCCGCAAAGGUGACAUCUUGCUAAACGUGAACGGGGUGGACUUGACGGGGGUGACGCGAGGAGAAGCUGUGGCCAACUUGAAGAACACCUCCUCUCCCGUUGUGCUCAAGGUCUUGGAGAUGCGUCCUCCGGAGGAAAGCCUGCAAGAGUGCACAUUGCCGCCCUGUCUCACACCCUCGCCCACAGACAGCACCAAGAGCCCACUGCCCAAUGAUGAUUACUCCCCACUGUGGGUGUCAUGGCUGCAGCUACCCAGGCAUCUCUACUGCUGCAAAGACAUUGUCCUGCGGCGAAGCACUUCGGGCAGCCUGGGCUUCAGCAUCGUGGGAGGUCAAGAGGAGGUCAACUGCAAUCAAUCCUUUUUUAUCCGCUCCAUCGUGGAGGGGACGCCAGCCUACAACGACGGCAGGAUAAGGUGUGGGGACAUCUUGCUCGAGGUGAAUGGGAAGAGUACAUGGGGGAUGACCCACACAGCGCUGGUGCGCCUCCUGAAGGAGCUUCGGGGCAGAAUCACCCUGACCAUCGUCUCCUGGCCGGGCAGCCUGAUGUAGCAGCGCUCCAAGCCAUCCAGCGCUGUUUCAGUAGCACCGACCAAGGAAUGUGGAGGGCAGAGCUUUAGACUGGCUGACCACCCUAAGCUUGCUGUGUGGGAGGAAGCUUAGAAUAGUGCCGUAGCUGUAUGGAUAUCUCACUUGUGAUGGACAGCUGAGACUUUGCCAGGAGUUUGGAGAAGGACAAACAUGAGACUGGAUUGUUACCAGAGAUUAACUUGCCCCUCCAAGAACGCUGAACUGGGAGGAUCCAGGACUGAGCCACUUCUUUAGAGGACGUGGUCAUUCUCUGGCACAGCACCCAGUGAGUGGGGUGGGUGGAUUGAGAGGAGACACAACACGUUGCCAAUUCCAGUAGUUAUAUAUUAGGGUAUGCGUUAAGUUGGACUCACAUUUCUUUACUGUAAAUGUUGGGUGUCUAAAAAAGUACUGAUCCAAGCACUUGUUAUACGUUUCUUUUGUUUGUUUGUGGUAUGGCCUUUAAAUAUAGGCUCCAUUCUGUUUGUACUGACAGUGGUUGUCAUCUUCAUCCGUUGACCUGAGGACACGUUGCCAAGUAGUAGUCUGUGUUGAGGUUUUUUUGUUAUUAUUAUUUCAGAAGCUAUGGAUAAAUUAUCAAACCACUGGCAAUAAAAUAUAUUGAAAAAAAAUAAAGGAUCAGUGUGUUCAUAACAUGUUAAAAAAUAAUAUUUAAUUAGGUGACAUUGUGGAGGCCUUACUAAUUUUCUUACUUUUAAGAAAAAAAACUGACUUGGUUUCUGUGUAUCAGUGGAUGGUCUAGGGCCCAUCUACUGUGAUUCUGUCUGUCACGCUUCGGCCUGUGUAGUAUAUCUGAUGGUACAUUUGGUUAAAUGAUCAAUAAAGUCAUUUGAAAAGCGAAUGUCGUGUGAGAACACUCAUACUUAAAAGCCUUACUUCAAAUCAACAAACACAACACUAAAAGCUAAUGCAACAUACACAUUUUGUAAAGAAUAUGUCCAUAAACUGAUCUUAAGUUUCUAAUAAAAAUCCAAUUAAACUCACAUUUUCUGAUGAAACAUACAGUAAGAUGCCACAGGGCAGUUCUUCUCAUUAAGUAGACUGAGAGACUGAAAGUCAGUCAGGUUUUAAUUUCCUCUCUUGGUCAGCAGUUGCUCUCUCUGUCUUCUCUAUUUCUUCUGGCCUUUUUGUGGUUAGGUCUACUCUGACUGUCUCUGUCCUCACCACUGUCCCUGCUACUCCUGCUGCCACUGCUGCUGCUGUUGAGGACAUAGAUGACAACCACACUAUAAAUCUGUCAUCUUUCGUUCUUUUUUCAUAAGGAGAGUGCGAGUGUGUGUCGCUGUGAGACCUGCAUGAGGAUUUUUGCCGUCCGUCGCUUUUGU